GAUAAUUUGUAUAUCUCAUUAAUCAAAAGAAAAUUGUAUACGCUUCUUUUACUUUCUUCAAAAGAAAGUUUUAUGCUGUUAUAUUUUAUAAGAAACAAUCUUAUGAGUUUUCCUUUGGAAUACCACUACGAUUGUAGUAGCCGGUAGCCACACAACUGAAUCGAAAACGACAGCGCGUGUAAGUCGUCAAGAAGGAAUAAUACAUGGAAACGACACGAGGUUUCAACUCGAAACUAAUAAUUGGCGAAAGCGACACACGACAAAGCCAUUCCAGUAAUAUAGGCUAUAUAGCUAUAUAUAUAAUAUACGCCUUGUUUCGAAAACUAGUGCUUUGUUUUUUUCAGUCUCAUUGUUUUAAUUUAUAUUUAAAACAAAAUUAGAUUGUUGUUAUUAUUAUUUUAGAUAAUUUUUCAUUUUUGGGGUUUCUUAAAGCAGCUUUCGGAAUGGGCCAUGAACCUUAGAGCUUAGACAUGAAGGCAUCUAAGCUAAUCAUAGCCACCUAUCCCCACUUGCUGAAAUAUUAACAUGGGAAUUAAGUUAUAUGGUAUUAGUAUAUUGUAUAUUGCUGAAAAUAUUAGUGUUUUACUACAUAUUGUGGUAUUAAACGCUGAGUUUUAGUGAAAAUUAAUUAGAUUAAAGACCUUUAGGCGGAGGAAUACUCCCCAAAACUGAAAGUAUUUAUAUGGUACGUCUUCUAAUGAGCUAUACCAUUAAGAGAAAACUUGCAAAAAGAGGAAUGAGUUCAGAAGUUUGCUGUCCAAGAUGUAAGGAACCUGAAACACUGAUGCAUACCUUUUUUUUCUGCGAGUUUGCUCGGAAAGUCUGGGCUCAGAUCCCUCUUAAACACAUAGUUGACAUAGUUGUAGGUGAGACUUUCAAAAUAGCCAUCACCUGGUUCCAUAAAGUGAUAUGUCUCCUACCGGCAAGAGUAACGACAAAUAUCAUGUCCUGGAUCUGUUGGAUGAUCUGAAAAAAACGAAACAUGCUCAUCUUUGAAGACAAGAGCUGGGCACCUGAAGAGGUCGCAGCAAAAGCUUUAGGGCUAACAAGAGAAUGGAAGCAAGCUCAACAAGGACAACAGACCAAGGGGAAGAAGCUACCUCCUUACCGAUAUGACCAGAUCUCGCUUCGACAAGAUCUAAUUGAAUGUCAAACAGAUGCAGCGUGGGAUAAAGGUCAGCGCAAAGCGGGACUUGCUUGGAUUUUCACAGGUUUAGUGAAUCCAGUGCAAGAUCGAGGACACACAACACAAGAUUUUGUCAAUUCCCCACUAAUCGCAGAAGCACUAGAAGUCCGAUCGGGUCUCUGCAUUGGCGGCAACAAUGAAGCUCUCAAAGCUCAGAGUUUGCUCCGACAGCUCAACGCUCAUAGCAGCAAUCAACAACAAAUAGCAAAUGAAGGAAAUUGUGGGUAUCGUCAGAGAUAUUUAAGAAAUCUCCUCUGAGUUUGAUUUUAUCGUCUUUUCUCAUAUUCCUCGCAAGAACAAUGAAAGAGCAGACUCUUUGGCUAAACAUGCUUUUAGAGCUGCUUCUGUGUAAUCUCUUCUAGUGGGUUGACUUUGCCUCUUUGGGCUUUUAAAUUUAAGUAUCUUUGUGACAAAAAAAAGUGACCAAAUCUUUAAAACUUGAGAAGAGCUUGUAUUCCAGCGGUCUCUUUUUCAUAGGCGACUGUUAGAGAUCGCAUGUUCGAUUUUCUGUCGGCGUGGUGGUACCACAACUCUUCAAAAAAGAAAAGGAACUUUUCUGGAUUUGAGACACCACUUGCGGUGAGGUCUAGUCACUAUAAAAAAUUUCUUCAAAAUAGUUUUACUUUAUUUAUUAAAUGUUUAAAACUUUUAUAUUAAAUUUGGAGUUUGAUUAUAUGAUUUCUAUAAAUUAAUAGGUGUAACAUUUAAUGGGAUUAAUAACUAGAAUAUUGUAGAUAAAGUCAUCGUUCUGGUUUCGAAUAUUAUAUUAGAUGUUUAUUACAGAUACAGUAUAUAUAAAUUAAUUAUUAUAUAUUUUAUAUUGUAUAAACUGUUCUAGAAUUAUUAUUAGUAGUACUAUUUAUCAUAAUAAUCUAUAUUAAAUAUUUAAAUUUACCUAAUUAAUAAUUACCUGUAACAAAAUUAGAACAUCAAUUUUUUAUGAUGUAUGAAAAGAAAAAACGCUCAGCUCUUAUUUUUUUUAUCUUAUUGUUUUUUCUUUAAAUCUUCUUUUAUUAUUUGUUGGUAUGCUUUCAUUGAGUGGGAAGAUUCUGUAGUUUUUGUGAUUUGGAAUAAAAAAAAGUAAGAGACGAUUUUUAAUUUUGUCAUCUUCUGCAUAAAUAUGUUUUCUUAUAUAAUUUGUUGUUGGAUCGGGUGUUAUGGAUAACCCCUCUUAAUCCACUAUAUAUUAUGUUUCUCAAUAAUAUGAUCCACCGGAAAAGAGAACAUAUAUAAAAUGAGAAAUUUAUCCAAUACAACUAUAUGUACUUAAAUAUGUUGAAUAUUCAUAAUUGAAUAAUACUACUUAUCUACUAACAAAUUAAGACCAUGUUUAUCGCAAGUCCUUAAUGGGAUCCUUAGCCAAAAGAAAUGAAUUAAUUAAAUCAAAAUAAAAGGAAAAGGAGAUUAUCGAUCCUUAAUGUGGGAUUUUUGUGAUCGGUAAUAAGGGGGGUUUUAGAGGCACGUGUCAGCACAAGAGGCAAAAGUAUUUUUUUUUUCUAUUUUCUUUUCUGUUUUCCUUUUUUUCUCUCCUCACUUCAUUCUCUCAUCUCUCUUCGUUUUCUCCGUUAACGAAAAAGAAGUGGUCCGACGAUAGAUCGAAACCCACGACCGUGACUCCACCACCGAUCUUCCGUCGUGGUUCUCGUCAUUUCAUCUUCUCCGUCGCCGAUCGAAACAACCACCGAUCGAAACCACCACCAAUCGAAACCCACAACCGAUCAAAACGCAACAGCAAUGACGGUUGUACUUAUGUUUGUAUGUAUGUGUCACAAGUGGUCACAAGGUUGUAUGUCUUUUACUAAUGUUUGUAUUUAUGUGACACGAGAACAAGUCACGAGAUGUUGUAAUCUAUACUAGUCAUUUGCUCUAUAUAAAGAUCUCAUUCACCAUCCAUUGUAAUCACCAAAACUUCUUCUCACCUUUUCACCAAACUCUCUUCUUCAGAGCUUGUAAAUCACCAAACGCUAUCCUUCUUUUUUUUUAAUCACAACUCCUACGAAUUACCAAACACUCACCUUUCUCAUCUCAUCUUCUCAUAGCUAUUCUCAGGAAACGCUAUUCUUCUUUUUUUUUUAAUCAACUAUAUUUAUUCAAUGGCUUCUUCUUCUCAUAAUACUUUCGAACAAGAUGAUGAAAGUUUUGAUCAAUAUUUUAAUCAAUAUAUUGAUGACUAUUUUGAUCAAACACUCGAGAAUUUAGCCAAUAAUAAUGGUGAUCAAGAAGUGGAAAGAAGAACAAGAAAAAAACGAGUUCAUAUAGAAAGAAACCGGGAAGAAGGCGAUAAACGUUUAUGGAAUGAUUAUUUCAGUGAAAAUCCAACAUAUCCUGAAAAUCUAUUCCGACGACGAUUUAGAAUGAACAAGCCAUUGUUCCUGCGUAUUGUUGAUCGACUCUCUAAUGAAGUUGAAUACUUUCGAGAAAAGAAAGAUGCUCUCGGAAGGCGUAGUCUCUCUGCACUUCAAAAGUGUACAGCAGCCAUUCGUGUCUUGGCGUAUGGUUCUGCGACUGACGCUGUUGACGAAUACCUCCGACUCGGUUCAACUACUGCUCGGUUAUGUGUGGAACAUUUUGUCGAAGGAAUAAUAAAUCUAUUCGGCGCUGAGUACCUACGAAGACCAACACCGGCUGAUCUUCAACGUCUACUUUAUAUUGGUGAGCAACGUGGAUUUCCGGGGAUGGUAGGAAGCAUCGAUUGUAUGCAUUGGGAGUGGAAGAAUUGUCCCACCGCUUGGAAAGGGCAAUAUUCACGUGGUUCGGCUAAACCCACAAUCGUAUUAGAGGCGGUUGCUUCGUACGAUCUAUGGAUAUGGCAUGCGUUUUUUGGACCUCCAGGUACUUUAAACGAUAUCAAUGUUCUUGAUCGCUCACCAGUUUUUGAUGACAUAAUAAACGGUCAAGCUCCGCAAGUUACUUUCUCUGUCAAUGGAAACGAGUAUCGUUUGGCUUACUAUCUCACCGAUGGUAUUUAUCCGAAAUGGGCAACUUUUGUCCAAUCUAUUUCACUACCACAAGGUCCGAAAGCGGCUUUAUUUGCUCAACAUCAAGAAGGUGUCCGAAAAGAUGUUGAGCGUGCUUUUGGAGUCUUGCAAGCUCGAUUUGGGAUUAUUAAAAAUCCAGCACGUAUUUGGGAUAAAGCCAAAAUCGGGAAGAUUAUGAGAGCAUGUAUCAUACUCCAUAAUAUGAUAGUUGAAGAUGAACGAAAUGGAUACCGUCAUUUUGAUGUUUCAGAGUUCGAACAAGGAGAAGACAACGGAGGUUCACAUGUGGAUCUCACGUAUUCUACGGACACGCCUUCAAAUAUUGCCAAUAUGAUGGGUGUUCGAACUACUAUUCGUGAUAAACAAAGACAUCGACAACUGAAGGCUGAUUUGGUUGAACAUAUAUGGCGUAAAUUUGGACAUAAUGAAGACAACAACUGAAUUUAGAUGUUUCUUUCUAAAUUUUCUCGUUUAUUUUAGUAAUCUUUGUUUUUAUGUUUUUAUUUAAAAUCCUAUCUUGAAAAUGUUUCUUUAAUUAUGUUUCAUUUAAUAAAUAAAAUUGUCUUAAAAUUUUUUUUUUUCUUAAGAACCCUUAAUUAAGAAACUACCAAUGGAGGCACAAAAUCAAACAAUUUCUUAGUAGAGUUCUUAAGUCCACUAAUGUACACUUAUAUAGUUAAAUAAUCAUUAAGAAAUCCAUUAAGGAUCCAAGGGAUAAACAUGCUCUAAUACACAUGGAAGCAAUGCCAUUUAUUGUUAUGCUCGGAAAAUGCUAGGCUAGUUAUUUUUCUUUUCUUUUUGGUAAAAGCUAGGUUAGUUAUUGUCUGUUCAAUAAACUUUCUAUUAAUUAAAUAUUUUAUAGCUGACUAAAUCGUAGAAAAAUAAUUUUACAAAAGAAAGAUCACAAUAAUAUUAUCUAACACUGUAUGCUAAUUUCUUUUAUAUAUAUUCAAAUCAAAAGAACUUUUAAAAGGAAUUUUAUACCAAAACUCCGCUAACAAAAUUGUGAAUGCAUAUCCAUCCAGUAGAUAUAUUGUUUAGUUAUCUUCGCAAAUACCCAGUAAUAUGUCUAAAAGACUAAAACAAAAUAGCCAUAUUUUCAAUUCUUGAUAGUAGAACAUGCAUUUUAUAUUUCAAAUCAAAAUUUCUUUCCUUGAGGAAGACAGGAGCUAACGAGUCUUUACCAACUCUUCUGGGUUUCAUUUGCCUUCUGCAGGCGUUUUCUGGGCCUUCUUUUUUCUAUCUUCUCAUGGAUUAUGGGCAAUUGAACCGAUUAUCAUGGUUCUAUCGGUUCUUAUGUAUUAACUUGGGCUAAAGUUACUCCCCUUGUUCACUUUGUUUUUAGUAUCUUACUAAGAUGGGUUUAGUGUAAUGGAACCACAAAACGCACUCUUUGUAUUUUUCCCACUGCUCAAACUCGAACCGGAAUAUUAUUAAGUAUUUGAUUUGGACAAAUCUAAUCUGAUUCUUACAAAGCUGAAAUCGAACCAGGACUGGCUCAACAUUGUUAGGGGCCAAAAAAAAAAAUUUAUCCUCUAAAAUUUAUAUUAGAUAAUGUUUAAUAUAUUUUAAAAUUUUAAUCAGUAAUAUUUUGUAUAUUUUGUAAUGAAAAUAAAACUAUAUACAUAUCAAAUAAUUUUAGAUCCUUUUUAAUUUUAUUUAUUAUAUAUAAAAUAUAGAUUUAUAAAAAAAUUAAACCCUUUAAUUAUUACUAUACGGGGAACAUUUGGAUCUGGAACGAUCGCACCGUUUGUCCCCUUGUGAGCUGGCCCUGAAUCGAACCAACAACUGGAUUAAGUCGUGGCAAGGUUUGAAACUGAACUGAACCGGUUUGAGAAACAAAAUAUCAAACUAAAACCAUACUAAACCAAUCGAUAUUAGGAAUUGAACCAUGCCUUUGGAAUCGAAGAUUAAACCAAAACCAUGUUUCAUCAAUCAGUAACAUGGAGACGCGGUUGUCUUGUAGGGUUAUCGCUCUUACCAUGUUUGGGUAAUGGUGGAUUGGGAACCGCACGAACCAAUCGAUUGUUAACUCGUCGUAGUUGCAUAGAGGAAAAGCGUCAUUUUUGUAGCAUGAAAAUAAACAAUGUGAAGAAACGGAACCAAAGAAAAAAGAAACGGAACCAAAGAAAAGCUUUUCUUGAA